AUGGAGCUUGUUGAGCAACUUUUUGAUAAAGAUGAAGAAGAAGACAUCAUUGCUCAAAUACCUAUCAGCUCGUCUUCUAGCUCUGACAAGAUGAUAUGGAAAGGAACCUCUCAGAAGAUUGUUGAUCAUCCAAAGUGCACCAUCUUUAACCUUGAAGAAGAGACAACAACACAUGCUUUAUGGGAAUGUGAAUUAGCAAGGGAUGUUUGGAGUCAAUGUUCAAAGAGUUUACAGAAAAGCCAUUUCUCUCAAAUGAAUAUGCUGGAAAUUUUCGAGGCUAUUGCAAGAACUAUGGACACAAAUUGUCUUCAGGAAUUUGCCAUGGUAGCAAAGCAGAUUUGGUGGAGGAGGAAUGAUUUUAUUUUUAACCAAAUGUUCAAACAUCCAAAUGUAGUUGUCAGUGCAACCUACCAGAAUUUGAAAAUGUUGAAAGAACUGGAGGUGCAGAGAAGUGCUUCUUCAAGACCUAAUAAUAGCAGCAUUAUUGAAUGGCAGGCUCCUCCCAUGCACUUUCACAAGUUGAAUUGGGAUGCAGUAGUGGACAGAACAAGAGCUGGAGUGGGGAUUGGCACAGUAGUUAGAAACUAUGAAGGGAAAAUAGUUGCUACGAUGAGAAGGAGCCAAUGCAUGUUUCGUCUUCCUUCUCUAGCUGAAGCAUAUGGGGCGCUGCAAGUAGUUAGUUUUGCAAUGGAUUUGGGCCUUACCAAGGUUAUUGUUGAAGGAGACUCUUUACAAACAAUCCAAGCUUUGAAAAAAGAAGAGGAUCAACUGAACUAUUUUGGCAUGUUUGUUUCUGAAGCAAACUUAGGAGCUUUGUUAAUUGGAAUGUUACUCAUGUUAAAAGGAGUGGCAAUGUGGUAG